AUGGCAGGAGGUUGUUAUUUCUGUCGCAUAUGUAGUGACAAAUUCAAGACUAAAGAAGAUUUGGAACUUCAUCAGUGCUUUAGUGAGAAAACCUUAGACACGAAAUACAUCCAAAAAUCUCCCCCUGAACUAAACAGAGAAGAAUCUUUUAAGUACGCAAUUUCUUCUAAGGAUAAUACUACUGUAUUUGAAUGGGGGGAAGAUGUAACAGACUUUCCUAGCUUUGAGAGGAGAAAUUGUGUUUCGCUGUCAAUUUUUUCUAUUCAUGAAGGAAAACUAAUUCCUGCGUAUAUCACCAGUGUUGGCUUUGUAGAUGAAGAUAAACACUUUGAUUUGAUUAGAGUGGGAAAUGUGUACCACCUAAUCCUGGACUUUGAAGGAUUGCUAAGGAACAGGAUAUCUAAACAUCGACAUUUUGUAAAAAUGUGUAGAAGAUGUAGGGCUUAUUUUUACAACACACCUAACAAGAAAGCAGAAGAACAGCUCAAAAGACACGCAGAAUUUUGUCAAGGAAUUAGUGGCGGCCCAUUGUUUAAUGACACUCCAAAGGGCAACAAAUCUAAGCUUUACUUCAGGAAUUUUGAGAAUCUUAGAAAGAAACGAUUCACAAUUUAUCUGGAUUUUGAAUCAUUGACAAUACCUGUUGAAGAACCCGGAUCUAGCAACACUGUUAUUCUACAAAAACAUAUCCCCUUUUCAUUCGGAUAUUUAGUAAAAGAUGAAGAAAGUGACAUGCUGACCAACUACAGAGCCUACUGUGGUCUUGAUGCUCCAAGCAAGCUAUUUGACAUGCUAAAAGAAGAUGUAGAAAAAAUUGAAAAGGUGUUAUAUACAAAGAGAAUAAGAGAUGUCCCUGAACUUACCGAUCAACAACAACAUGAGUUUGACCUAGCUACUACAUGCCACAUAUGUUUAAGAGGAGGUUUUGAUGAUAGAAAUAAAAAGGUACGCUCACAUGAUCAUGUCUCUGGCCGAUUUUAUGGAGCAGCCCACAAUCGCUGUAAUCUUUUUUACAGAGACCAGAGGGUUGUAAAUGUCGUCGUUCAUAACCUCUCCCGCUACGAUGCAAAUUUCAUUAUUCCAGAAUUAGGAAAACAAGAUGGUAAAAUCACGGUCAUUCCCCACACAACAGACACUUUUAUAAGUUUCACUAAGAAGAUGGGUGGCAUGACUGUUCAAUUUAUUGACAGUUACCGAUUCCUCUCUUUCUCUUUGGAUAAACUGAGUAGCUUUCUCAGUGAUGAUAAAAAAGCAUUAUCACGUAAAUACUUUCCUGAGGACGAAACAUUCAAUCUUAUAACCACUAAAGGCUUUCUACCCUACGACUAUCUCUCUUCACUCUCUAAACUUGAAGAAACAUCUCUCCCUCCAAUGGAAUCAUUUUACUCCAUUUUAACAGAUGAAGACAUAAAUCCACAAAAUUACGAACACGCAAAAUCCAUUUGGCGAGUUUUUGAAUGCAAAACCCUAAAGGACUAUGUCAUGAUUUACCAGAUGUGUGACGUUUUACUAUUGGCAGAUGUAUUUGAGGACUUUAGAGCAAUGUCAAUGAGGGAAUUCCAACUCGAUCCACUAUACUAUGUAAGUACUCCAGGACUGACCUUUGAUGCCAUGUUACGUUAUACAAAUGUAACAAUUGAUUUGUUAACUGACCUAGAAAUGGUCAAGUUUGUUCAGAGAGGAAUGCGUGGAGGAUUAGUGGGAUGCUCACACCGCUUAAGCCGUGCAAAUAACCCUUAUAUGGAACACCUCUACGAUCCCACAAAACCAACCUCUUAUUUAUGGUAUAUUGAUGCCAAUAAUUUAUAUGGCUUUUGUUUAUCGAAACACCUACCAAUAAGUGAAUUCACUUGGGUUGAGGGGAAUGACGAUUUAGUGAAAGAAGUCCUACAACUACCCCCGGACUCAGACACCGGCUACUUUUUGGAGGCGGACUUCCAAUACCCCGAUCAUCUACACGACACUCACAACGACAUGCCGUUCCUACCCGAGGUCCAAGUGAUUGAUGGACAAAAUAUGCUAAUGGAGACACUUGGCUCGAGGACGAAGUAUGUCUGUCAUUACCGAGCUCUACAACAGGCUGUGGAACACGGACUAAUUCUCACCAAGAUCCACAGAGGAAUCAAGUUCAGGCAAUCCCCAUACAUCGCUCCAUAUGUCGAAUUGACGACCAAAAAGAGAAUUGAGUCAGGCAACCCAUUUGAAGAGGAAUUUUGGAAGCUUAUGAACAAUGCUUUAUAUGGGAAGACUUGUGAACGAGUGGAAAAACGGAUCCGAGUAGUAGUCCCAACGACUUGUGAACAGGCUAGCAAACUAUCGUUUAGCCCGCAGUUUAUAGACAGUUAUGAUUUUGGUGAAAGUCUUGUUAUGUACAAUAUGGCCCCAAAGACAAUCGUGUUUGACAAACCCAUCUUUAUUGGUGCAGCAGUCCUUGAUUUGAGUAAAGUCCACUUAUUUUCUUUUUACUAUGAUGUUCUAAAACCUAAAUACGGGGACAACAUACAAAUCAACUACAAAGAUACCGAUGCAUAUGCUAUGACGAUAUUCACUCAAGACCUAUACAAUGACAUAGCUAACGACCCCAAAAUUUUGAAUGAGCUUGACACCCGGAAUUACGACCCUAAACAUCCUUUACAUUCUUUAAAAAAUAAACUGGUCCUUGGUAAGUUCAAAGAUGAACUAGCACCCAACAUUUUAACGGAGUUUGUCGGUCUACGCAGUAAGGAGUACGCCACCAAGAAGUUUGAUGUAAAGAAGAAAAUCGAAGAAACAAACAAGAAGAAAAGCAAAGGAACACAGAAGAGAGUAGUACAGAAAGAGGUGGACUUUGAAGACUAUAAAGAUAGCCUCUUUAACACACGACCUAAGGAAGCAGAAACUAAAACUGGACUAUGGUUAGAUAAUGUACGAAUAUCAUCUUCAAAGGGGGCAGUAUCCCUAAUUAAACAGAGAAAGCUAUGCUUAAAUCCAGAUGAUAAGAAACGGUACAUUUUACCAAACAAAAUUGAUACUCUUGCGUUCGGACACUAUGCUAUCCCAAAACCCGACUAA